AUAGCCGAUCCUUUGUCUUUGGCACCUGAGUUGAACUGUGCCAUGCGCUGGGUAAGGCCGCAGCCACCCCUACGCUAUGUCGUACUUAGACGCCUUUGCGCAGUGGUUGUGGUUUGCGUGUGUCAAUGGGGAUGUGCCCACCUCACAGCGCUCCAUGGGUACCCGCAGCCGCGGGCCAGGGCGUACCAGCAAGAGGCCGUGGACUUCUUCUUCAAGAAUGUCAAGCAGGCUGCCGAAGGGCAUGGCCUUCGCUUUCAGAUGGCGUGUGGCACUGGCAAAACCUUCACCUACGCUUUGAUCAUCAGAAGAGAUAUGGCAGAGCACCCUGGUGGUCACCACGUGAUCUUCGUGCCAUGGCGAGAUUUGGCCAGGCAGACAGCAGCAGAACUGGAACGACUUGGCGUGAAAUCCUGCAUCAUUGGAGAUGGCUGCACCGAAUUGGACUGGAGUGCCCCAGUUAUCGUUUGCGUGUAUGCUUCUGCGUAUCGGCUUCGUGGGAACACCUUUCGGAUCAAAAUUGUUGACGAGGCACAUCAUUUGGAGAUGAAGGGAGAUGCAGGCUUUGCCAGGGACAUCAUGCAUGGGGUGUCCAGCGAACUAGCUGCACACUUCACUGCAACUUUCUACAAUACCACGGGUGUCCAUUUCAGAUAUGACUUUGACCGGGCGGUUGAUGAGGGUCAUGUGUGUGACUUCCUGUUGACGGUGCCGUUCGGCGGUCCGCGCAAGGAUGUCAUGGGGAAGUGGAUCGUGGAGAAGCGAAAGCAGCUUGCUCCGAUGCUUGUGGUGCUGAACCGUGUGGACAGGGCAAAGAGCUGUGCAAAGUUGCUUUGUGAUUUAGGACUAUCAGCAAGAGCUCUCCAUAGCAAAAUGAACUACACCGUCCGGAGUGAGGUCAAAGAUGCCUUGAGGACCGGGCAGUUGGAAGCUGCAUGCAUCGUGAAUAUGUUCAACGAGGGUGUAUCCAUGAAUGAGCUGAAGUCCGUGAUUUUUUGGGACAAGCGCUGCAGUGCAGUCAAUGUGAAACAGCUGUCCAUGCGUGUGACGCGGCUUCAUGAGACCAAGCCCAUUGCGCACGUGGUGUUGCCCCUUUGUGACUGGGCACGUCGUCGCCAAGCAAUCUGUCGGAGUGGAGGAUGGUGGACCCAGCAGAGGCCUUGAGGUCGUAAGUGACAUCAACCAACAAGCCAUCAACAGGAAGGAAUGUGGUUGUGCAGCCGCGGGGCAACCGUCCAACCAACUGAACCUGGUGCCUGAGGCAUUUGGGGGGUUGAACGCAACCUGGUCGACCUUAUUUGUCAUAGCGUCAUCCCCAAGCCUCCGCCGAAAGUUGAGGUGAAGACUUGCGGUACGACAGA